AGGAGUCAAAUGAAGAGAAGUCACCUUGCUGAACACAGUAGCCUAACAACUGAUACAGGAAAAACCGUGACAUUUGCGUGUUGGAAGAGGCUGCGAAAUUAUGAAUUCUUCGAAAAGGAGUGAAAGUGACUGGCAAGGCCUGGUGAGCGAGUUCCUGGUGUGUAAGCGUAAGCUGGACAGCAAGAAGGAGGCCCUUCUGAUCCUGUCCAAAGAGCUGGACACCUGUCAACAGGAGAGAGACCAGUACAAGCUGAUGGCCAACCAGCUGCGAGAACACCACCAGGGACUCAAGAAGAAGUACAGGGAGCUCAUUGAUGGAGAUCCUUCUUUACCACCUGAAAAACGCAACCAGGUGAACUUGGCUCAGCUGUUGAGAAAUGCAAGGGAGCGAGGGAAACAGCUAGCCGAGGAGCUGAAGGAGCUGAAUCAGAGACUGGUAGAGGCCCAGGGGGAUAACAAGCUGCUGAGGAUGACCAUCACCAGACAGAGGCUAGGGGAUGAAGAGGUGGGGGCACGCCACUUCCCCGCCCAUGAGAGAGAAGACCUGGUCCACCAACUGGAGAAGGCAGGGCUACAGAUGGAGGAGCUGGAGAACAGUGUUAAGGCGCUGACUGACGAGCUGGAGGACGUUAAGGCAGAACGUGUUGUGUUCAGUGAGAAGGCUGAGCGCCUCAACCUGGAGCUCAACCAUAUCCUGGGCGGCCACGAGACCCGUAUCAUCGAUGUGGACGCCCUCUGUAUGGAAAACAGGUAUUUACAUGAGAGGUUCAACCAAGUCCAAGAGGAGGUCAACUUGCUGAAGUCCAAUAUCAUGAAAUACAAGACUGCAUUGGAGAGGAGGAAGAGCUCUAAAUUGUCUGGGAAGUCCAACAGCAGUGCUCUAACAGGAGUGCUCUCUGCCAAACAAGUGCAGGAGUUGUUGUCUGAGGAGCAGGGCUGCAGUCUCCCGGCCACGCCCAAGUCCAUCUCUGACCUCAAGUCCCUGGCCACGGCCCUGCUGGAGACCAUCCAUGAGAAGAACCUGGUCAUUCAGCACCAGAGACACACCAAUCGGAUUCUGGGGAAUCGAGUUGCUGAGCUGGAGGGGAAGUUGAAGACCUUAGAGGUGUCCGGCUUGUGGAGUCUUCCAGGCAUGACCUACCACGUUUCUCUGGGAAUACGGAGGGGACGAGACACCAUUACGCUGAGCGAGAGCCAGCGAACCGAGCUCCUAUCGCCCAGCAUCAUGCCGUGCCCACCUCAGCCCCACACGCAUGCAGCAAUGCAGCCACCCAAAGACGACAGAAUGGGAGCGUCGUCGUGGGAACGGGCCACAGCUGGCGGUGACUUUGGCGCAGAUGGCUUUGGCGGGGAGGGCGCACCCGAGCCCAGUGACAGGGCAGAGGCUAACUGCGUCUGCCUGAGUGACAGGCGGGGAGUGGAGAUUGUGACGCUGUCGGAGGAGCAGGCAGCCUCGGAGCUGGAAGAGGGGCGGAGUCCCGUGGAGGAGGAGGGGCAUGAGGUGAAAGUGGAAGAGGACGAGGAGCUGGGCUCCACAGUGGAGGAGGGAGAGGAGGCGGCCCUGGCGCUCGACGCCCCACCCUUAGAGGUGGAGUCAGACUUGGGUAACCUCCCACAGCUGCCUGUAAGGCAAGCUACCAUAGACUACACCCUUGAGGCGGGUCAUUCGAUCUGCCAUGCUCAAGCAGUGGAGCCUACUGGACUCCCUGAGACAGAAGAUGCCUCUAAGCCAGCUUCCAUAUUUAAGACCCCAGACUGGGGCGGCAUAGAUGGGUGGGACCUGCACUGUCAAUCAGGACAGAGUGACAGUUGCCAUAGCGACAAUCAUUGAAAAGUGAUGUUUAUCUUGGUUGCUUUACUACUGACUAGCAACAUUUCCACAACGUAGACCAACCCCCCUUUUGUGCUCCCAGCCAUUCAUUGCGUGAGUCUAUAGAAUGUAUAGGGAAAACACUUCCUCAGCCUCCCAUUGACAGUCAGAGCCUGGAGUGUACUUUGCAUCUAGAUAGUGUUGUUGCUCUGAAAAGAGCAGACAAUCUGGAAAUCAAUCCACUUGCAAGUCUAAUGUCCUACAGGAGUAAUUUAGCAAAGAUAGCAAAGUCCCCCCCCAAACUGCCUCCAUGGUAGGAUAAUCCCAGCUGUUUGCUUCCUGUUUAUUCCUAAGGGUUGCUAGUUAAAUGAGAGUGUUUAUUUAUUUAUUUUUUACUGUUGUCCACAUACAGGAGCCACUGUGAGUUUAGUGUGAUUAAUGUAAUAGAUUUGCAUGGAAAUCUGUGAAAAACAUUGGUCCAGAGUUUGUAAACACACUAAUGUAUUUGUUUUGUAUUGAUAUAGCUUUAUGUAUAUAGAUUAUAGUUAGUCACUAAUCAAUUAUGGAGCCCUUUUCUUAUUCUGUUUCUAAUGGAAAAGUAGACGUUGGCUUGUGACUGCAUGUGCCUUAUAUGGAAUAUUUAUAAAUAAUUUUGAAUUUAAAAUCCAUUUGAAUGAGCUUGACAGACUUAGUUUUUUGAAUGUCAUAUCUUGCAGUGUUACAUGUCCAAGUUGUUGCAUAGGAGCACAGACUUUUAUAAUCAAUAUGGGCCUCAGUGCUGCCUGAGGAAUGUCAAUGUCCUUGUUUUCACAAUGAACUGAUUGUCAUGGUUGUCUACUCUUAUAAAGCUUUGUUUACCAGCUGCAUAACCACACACACACACACACACACACACACACACUUACUUCAUCCACACGGUUGCACUACACUUUUGUACAUAAACACACAGACACAUUUUGUCACACAAAAAAGUUUCAUGUACUUGCCCCACAAUUCUGAGACACACACUCUUACAGCCAAAGUCCAGACCCUGCUAAGGUAUUCAGAUUCAGUUUUCCCCACAUUCAGGUGGCAGCUGGCCUCUCCAAGCAAACCGCAUCAAAGCCAGAAUCCAUGAAGUGCUUAUUCUGCAGAAGGCUGCUUGCUAUUUUUAAUCUUUGACACAAAAUAGGAGGAAGAAAAAAAUAUAGAACCCCAGGAAGCCAUGGCGUGUAUGCAGUACACACACACACACACACACACACACAGAGAGUGCUGCCAGCCAGCUUAUUUGGCAUAUUGGCGAGGCGUUUCGAGGAAUCUGAUGACUUUAUAAAGCAGAUGGGAUUUGCUGCUAAUGAAAUUGUGAAGCGACGUGGCGCCUUGGGCUUUAGCGAAACGCCUAACCGGCAUGCCAAUUCACCACGAUAAGGGGGUUCCUCAUCCUCCGGUGUCUUGCCUAAUUUGACUUUAAUGUCUGUGUGAAAUGUAACUACUCAAGAGUAAACAGUAAAACUGCACAUUUGUUCUAUUCUGAGCAGUGGCGUGGAGCUGAUAGUUGUCAUUUUCUAGAAGUGAGACGGUAACCUAGGUUACAAUGCGUGCCCUGCCCUGUGCUAGUCAACCAAAAUGACUGCUGCUCAGAGAGCCCUGGGCAUUGAAGAAGUGAACAAUUUCAGCUGCUCUCACAGGGUUGCUGAAGUUGUGACAUGGAUUGAAGUUGACAAUUCACUUUUUUCGUCGUCCCCCCCUCCCUGCACUGAUCCCUGAUGGUCUGUCACAGCCUGCCACUUGC